AUGAUUAUUUUGUUACUUUAUCCUCUACAUCAAAAGGAGAUGAUCUUGAAUUUAUAGUUUUCAGAAUUCUUAAAAAAAUUAAAAUUGAUUGUCAAAGAAAAGUUGAUGUCAGUGAAAUUAGAAAAUUUGAGGCCGUAUUGUCACGAUAUCCUAAACGCACUACGCUAGGAAUUUUUGUAACAUUAGCUGUGGAUGGAUACACAAAGGUCGCAAUCGAAAGAGCAGAAACUUCUAAAUUUAAUCUGUUAUUAACAAAUGUAUCGAAUUUACAACAAGACAUCCUUGAUUAUGUCAGUGGUAAUUUUUCUGCAGAUUCCAAAGAUCCUGAAGAACGUAUAAUCGAUGAAAUAAUUGGUAAGAUUGAACAAGAAAUUCAUGCAAUAAAUGAGAAG